AUGUUGUUAUCGCGGAAAGCAAUAGGAAACUUCAACAUAUUGUCAACCUUGUAUCGAAGCUGGCGGCAGCCUAUAGACUAUGCCUACACCCAGUUGAAAUGCUUGUGGUCGACUCCCACUACCAAAGAAGCCAAACUGCGAGUCUACCUAUCCGCAAUUUGCCCCGUCAUGAUGUACAGAUCGGAAGCUUGGGCAGCACCGUCUAUGGUGAUGGGUAUGUAA